AUGUUGGCAAUGAACUGUUGGCUGAUGUUUGAGGAAGUAAUUUUAAUUAGGUGCUACUGUGACCUUAGAAGUUUUGCCCACCACCUGAUGUAUUCUUCACCUGUUACAUUAUACACAAUUGAAUACAUGCUGUCUGGAUACCUUACCAAUAUAAUUAGAACAAUGACAAUGCAUUGUGUUAACUGUUUAUUUACUGGCAACCACCUUAUUCAUAGUAGAAAUGUUGCAGGGAAAAUUGCUGAGGGUGUGACGUUCCAGAGGAUUUUGGAUGAUGUGAGAGAUUCCAUACAUUGUGAGGAGGUUGAGAGACUGCACCUCCUUACUCGGAAGGAUCUUCACAAUAUCAAAAGGGAAUUUCUAAUUGAUCCUCACCAGUACCAUUCUAGUGAUGAAAUUAGUGUGAGUAUUUUUUUAGAAAGAAUGAAAGACUGUGUUCUGAUGCACAAACAAGCUGGUCAAAACAUGGGAAAUUUAUCGAGUGAAGACACAAUGAUAGUGUUAAUGACACCAUUCCAAAGCGAAUUGCUUAGAAAAUUCGGUUCCAAUAUUGUUUGUGUAGACUCGACACAUUGCACAAACGUGUACAAAUUAUUAGUGACAACAUUGCUAGUUAUAGAUGAAUUUGGGAGUGGUAUUCCAGUGGCAUUUUGCAUUUCUAAUAAAGAGAAUACAGCCAUAAUGACACAGUUCUUUACUUGUGUCAGGGAGAAAGCAGGAGUUAUCAAAUCAACUGUGUUUAUGUCAGACGACACAAAUGUUUUUCGAUGUGCUUGGGCGGGUGUAAUGGGUCUGGCAGAACACAAUUUGCUAUGUACGUGGCAUAUUGACCGCAGCUGGAGAAGCAACUUGAGGAAAGUGCAUGGUGGCCCAAACAAGCAAACGCAGGUUUACAAAGCUUUGCGUAUGCUGUUAGAAGAAGCAGAUAUAGAAAAGUUCAGUGAGUUGCUAGAGUUGUUUGAGAGGGAGCUACAAGAGGACGAAGACACAAGAGAAUUUGGAAUGUAUUUCACAAAUCAUUACGGAUUCAGGCCCCAACAUUGGGCGUAUUGUUAUCGCCGUGAUUUAAACAUAAACACAAACAUGCAUCUGGAAGCCAUGCAUAGAGUAUUAAAGUACUGCUACCUUGAUGGCAAGACCAAUAAUAGACUGGACAAGUUGCUGCUGGUACUAAUGAAAUUGGGUGGACAUACUCAUCGAAUAGAGAAAAUUCAAGAACGGCAUAGAGAAUCCAAAAAAAUUGACAGAGGCCAAAUCACGGCCAAUAGUGAUGGCAAACGAUUUUAUGUGAAAUCUCAAUCAACAAGUGGCAUCACAUACACUGUUACUUUAAAAGCACUAGAAUGCAACCUCAGUUGCAGACUUUUGUGUUGCACUUGUAAUAUUUGCAUUCACAGUUUCUCUUGCUGUUGUCCGGACAAUUUAAUAAAUCUGAACAUUUGUAAACACAUUCAUGCUGUAUCAAUGACAUAUGACUUACAUUUCAGUAAAACAGUCAAAGAGAAAGAAACCACUUCGAUAGAACAGGCAUCUGCUAUUUUGUCCUCAAUGAAAAAGCAAAAUGAUGAGGCAACUGCUUCACGGGGAACACAGUUGAAAGCUAAAUUAAAAGUCCUGCUAAACCAUGUAGAUUCAUUAGAUACUGAAACGGAAGAGACAGUGGAAAAAACAGUUGACCAUUUGCUGUCACUUGUUAACUCUCGCUCCAAGAAAGAAGGUCCACACUGUGCCAGCAAUGAGAAGGUGCAAGUGCAACGCACAUCUAAUAAACAGAACUUCAAUCCAAAAAGUUUGUUUGGUAAACCAACCCUGGCUGAAAAGUUGAAUGUUGCAAGUGCUUUGGUGCAACCCGACAGUGAAGUGUUGAGUGUGCAUGCCUACUGGGGAAACUCGCCAUGUAAAACAAUGAGUAACGCAUCAUACUCGGUACCUCAGGGUGAUGUGGAAAUCCGAGUGUUCUUAAUAAAGAAAAUGUCACUGUUUGUAAAGUGUGAGUAUUCACCAAAAUCCUCCAGUACAAAUGUUUUCCACUUGACAACUGAAUGA